GAGUGGUGAGUUGAGUAAGCUCAGUCGCAAUUAGUUAUCUAUAUUUACAAUUUAUUUAUAUUCUUGGUCUUAUACGUUUAUUUUGCAACAUUGUGGCGGUACAUGUAUCCUGAACAUUUUGAUCUGUAAAAUUUCAAUCGACCAUAUCACCUGGUUGAUAGUGAAGUGCUUCUGUAAUUUUAUUAAUGUAGAACAUUAUCAGUGUGGUGCAAAAUUGUGCAUGAGUGAGGCACCCGCACACGUGCAACUGAAAUGUGAGCAGUUGGGGCGUGAACAGCGUGAACAAGAAGCGGCGCGUGGGCAUGGCGUGGCGCGCGCUUGUGGCCUGCGCCCUCGGGCUGCUAGCGCCGGUCCUCGGCACAGUCGUCGUCUACACCCAGGACAUACCACACACUAUAGUGGACGAAUUCAGCGACCAGCCGGCGGCGUUCGGCGCGAAGCUGCCGGACGACGGGCUGCGGGGGCUGCUGGUGCGCGCCGAGCCGGCCGACGGCUGCGCGCCGCUGGCGCGCCCGCCGCCCGCUGACAACUUCACCGACAAGUGGAUCGUGCUCAUAGCCAGGUAUAACUGUACCUUCGAUGUGAAAAUCCGCAACGCGCAAGCGGCGGGAUACGACUGCGCCAUCGUGCACAACGUCAACUCCAGUGAACUCGAUACUAUGACCACGAAGCACCCGGCGGGCAUCGACAUCCCCUCCGUGUUCGUGAGCGACAUCGCCGGCCUGGCACUCGGCGAGUCCUACCUCUACAAUUACGGCUACUACAUAAUGGUGAACGGCGCACCCUUCGACAUCAACACACAGCUGCUGCUUCCGUUCGCCAUCGUCGUCGCCAUCUGCCUCUUCAUCAUGAUCGGGUUAAUGAUAGCGAAAUGCGUCCGCGACCGUCAGCACGCGCGGCGGCGGCGGCUGCCGGCGCGCGCGCUGCGCAAGAUCCCCACGUGCAAGUUCAGCAAGGGCGACCCCUACGACACCUGCGCCAUCUGCCUCGACGACUACGUCGAGGGCGAGCGUCUGCGCGUGCUGCCCUGCGCACACGCGUACCACGCGAAGUGCAUCGACCCGUGGCUGACGCAGAGCCGGCGCGUGUGCCCCGUGUGCAAGCGGCGCGUGUUCGCGGCGGGCGAGCGCCGCGCGCCGCUCUCCGACUCGGACAGCGACGACUCGCGCGAGCCGCUCGUCACCAACACCACCGAGCCCACUCAGGGUGGCACGUUCGAGCCGCAGCGAGAGAACCCGUUCGUGCGCGCCGCGCGCUUUGUAACGCGCGCGCGCCGCUCGCAGCCACAGAACGAGGGACAGCCUGACGAAGAAAACAAUACAGUGAGGACUGACGUUGAAAAUGGUCAAAACGAAGACACGGAUCCUCUGAUUCCGCCAUCGGCACCUGCGGACGGGCAAAGCACCUGGUACCUGUCCCGGUCGCGCCGCACCCGCCGAGCUCGCGCCGCCGCCGCCGCCACCGCCGCCGCCGAGCCGCCCGCCGAGCCGCCCGCCGAGCCGGCCGCCGCGCCGGCGCCGACGCCGCUGCUGCACGCCGGCGAACACUCCAUCAACACCGAGACACAGUGCCGCGGCGAAAUCGGGGUCGCGGCCCUGCCCGCCCCACAAAACCAGCCCUCACAUGUUCAUUUAUGAAUGGCUUAAUUUGCCUCUUAUGUGCAAUAAGAUAAAUCCUUAUUUUAACAUAUUAACGUCGAUAACUCAUCGAGAUUAAAUCAAGUAGCAACUGUAUGUCGUAUUUCGCUUGGUUAAAUUGACUAUGAAAAUACUUUAGGCCUUCAAUGUCGUUCAAGGCAGCAGGACAGUUUAUGGCUCCCAGGUUUAUUAGUGUUAUCAUGUAUAUAUUUAAAUAGGUAUUUAGUUUGGUUUCCUAUAUCUCUAGAGACAAUUCCCGAUUUCUCCUCCUAUUUAAAUUUUAGGCUUACCACAGAAGGCUUACCUACUUGUGUUAGUAUCAAUUAUUAUUGACCUACCUUUAUUUUUUGUCAUAAAUACACAUAUGUUUCUGAAAUUAUAUUCCGUUCCAUUACAUCAAUUAUUUCUUACGAUUUGUAUAGCAGAUAGUUAGGAUAUAUCUUAGGAUUAAUUUAAAUCCGUUGUGUGACGCAAUUUAAAUUCUUAGAAUUGAAUUUGCUCAAUGAAAUAACCGUCCGCCAGUGGUGGCGUCUACGCGGCCUCAGCCGUCUGCCUCGCGGCGAGUUUUACACGUUGAUACAAUAAAAAUACUAUAGUCCGAGUCGAAAACACAGACGUGGCUCAACGCGGGCUCCCACCACGAGGCCAAACCACCCUCAUUUUCCGGUAAACCCUACUUUGGUAAAUAAAAUAUUUCACUUGACUGACACAUUUUGACACAUUUUAAUUGUGAUGUUAAAUAAUGUAAAAUGAGGUUUCCUUUAACGGCUAGGCCCCCACCCCAGGACCCGACGCGUGUCGCUAUCCUUCAAAGUAAACCCGAAGGAAUUGUUACAGGCCCCCUUUAUCAAUUAAAGAAGGAAAAUUGGCAUUAUCUAAAAGAGCCGCAGCGUCAUGUAAAUAAUGAACAAAUAGUAUAACCUCCUAACUAUAAUUUACAUUAAUCAAGAAUGGCAAAUAGGUUGUGUGAUUCUUGUUUGCUUCUUGCGGAUAUUAGACCGAGGGUGCAAACUUCUACUCAAGUAUAUAUGUAUACAAAACAAUGACAACUUGCAUAUAAGUAAAUAAAAUGUAUAUGCUGAAGGAUGUUGUAGACUAUCUUCUGUUUUGAAUUCAUUUAAUUCAAGGACCUAUAUUGUAUCAGCGUAGGUACCUGGGCUAUAACCGCGAAAAUAGAAGUUCGCAAAUUGCGGGCAUUUUUCUCUGCCACUCUAAUUACGCCUUCAUUGGAGUAAAAGAGAAAGAUCCCCGCAAUUUGCGAAUUUCGGUUUUCGCGGUAGCCCCUCUGACUCGGCACGAUUUGCGGUAUUCGUGGUACCAUUAGACCAUUGCUAGUAAUAUAUGUAAGUUCAACAGAUAGAAAAUCGAUACCUUCAAUCGGCUUGAGCAUACAAAAAAUAUUUGGUACUAACCGGAUCAAUUAUGGGUCAGUCACAAAUGUAUACUGUUCUCUGUUCCAGAUAGUUAAAUAUUGGCGUAAUAAAUGGCCACAAUUUUGAUACAGACCAAUAGGUACAAGGGCGGUUUUGGCAGUUAUUUAUAGUCACAACCAGAUAUUUAUUAGGCUCCAUCUAUUAACAACUCACACAAUACCUUCAACUUGUCACUAAGAGUGGUAUUCCACUUGUCCAAUUUCUUUGUCCAAUGUGCAUUGCGUCUCACUAUACCUACACAUUGAACCAACAUAUUGGACAGAUGGAAUACCAUCCGAGGGAAUAGUAUUAAGACAUUUAUUAUUUACUUAUCUACUGUUGACACGCUUUACGUUAUAGUAUUUACAGACAAGUGUAACUAACAGCUAUGAGAACUAAAUGGGAUUAAAAAUAUGAAACCGCACCGACGAAGUCUUGUUAACAAAUUUAUUUGCCACACGAUGUUUCCUAUUCAUUGAGCAGAACAAACGUAUUAAAUCGAUUACAUUCUGCGAACAAGUGGACAGCCUGUUAAAUAACGGUACCCGACUUUGCUGUAGGUACAUGCCUCAUAAUAUCUCACCCACAAAGGGCAAAGCCUCUCUUUUCUACAGAAUGAUAAAUAACACGAUUCACUGGGCAACUACAGUAAAGUGGAAAGUUGCCAAACUUUGUAUUAUUUACUCGUAUGUAGUUCUAAACCACUGACUUGUAAAUCGUACUUGUAUAUAAUGUUAAUUAAUAAUAUAAAACUUGUAAGUUCAGCUUAUCAUCAAGUCACAAGGUCGUAAAAUUUUAAAUUAUACGAUGGUUGCACUGACGCCUUAGCCACGAAAUACCCGGAGGGUGUGUUCCGUGGACCUGGGUAAGUUUCCCAUAUUUGAGCGUAGAAUAAAUUCGUACCUAUAAUCACAUAAAUUAAAAAAUCAACUCAUUUCGUUUUACGAAGUGAGCGAUGUUUUAUUUUAGACCUUACUUUGUCGCACGGGUUGAGAUGUUGAAUUCUAUGCCAAAUUCAUGCACGUCUGGGGACCGAUUUUUAAAUUUCGAGUGCUCCAAUUCUAUUUUCGUCACUAGAAAAACGGCGAAAUGCUAUUUUUGAAAUAUAAGCGAUAGAAAUCGGGAAUCUAGUGGUGUUGAUCACUAGUUUUCAACUAUAUUAGUAGAACUUAAAUGCCUACAGUUAGACCAAGACAAGUCUGCAACGAUUUUGAUAGCACGCAGUGCAGUGUUAUUUUAAACUUCAAACUUAUGACACUUGCACUGCGUGUGCUAUAAAAAUCGUUGUUGACUUAUUUUGGGGUAACUCUAGUGGUGGAAAUAAUAUUAAACGAAAUACUAGAAAUCGAGCGGUCGAAAUUCAAUAAUCAGCCCCCUGAACUAAAUGUCUAUAUAGGUACAUAAGGUCCUAUAUAGGUACAUAAGAUCACGUGAAGUGACGCACGUCGAUACCGAACAUAGGCAUGUGUUCCAUGCGUAUACUUAUUAGGCCCUGAGGCCGUACCGUAGAACGAAAAUCAUUUUUUUUUUAUCUGCCUCUAUCGCUCGAAUGUGUAAGAGCGAUAGAGAGGCAGAUAACGAAAUUACGUUUUUCGCGGUAGGUCCUUUAGACCUAAAGCCCGUCACAGACGUAGCUUUAAUGUAUAUAAAUAUAUAUAUAUAUAUAUACAGGGUGAUUCAUGAGACGUGAGCAGGACUAAUCCUGCACACUCAGUAACUGAUAAUUGAUCGAUCACCGUCGUAUUUAGGCGAAACUUUUUAGUGAGGGCUAGUUUAAUUCUCUACAAUCAUGGUCACCCUACAAGACCUAAUCGCCGAACAUAAAAACUCUUUAACCGUAAUGACAGUGUUAUGAUUACGAAGAAAAUAACUGUCAAACUUGAGUGAGAUACGCGUUUUCAAAAGUAACCAGCCGUGAUGACAGUGAUGACAUUAAAUUUGACACAGAGUAUCGGUAGUUUAGUAUUGUAAUUUUAGGGUGACCAUGCAUGUCGUAAAUAAAUCAAUAACUUAUUUUUCUCAAACAUGCAAUGAAAUAUUGAUGUUAUGUUCCUUAUAAUAGGCUGCGAAGUAUGACGUUUCAGGUGCGGCUAGGACAAAAGGUCGUUAAUGGAAUUUCAUACACAUCUUGCAGGCCUAGGCCGGCAAAGUCCUCUUUUUUAAUUUUCAUUUCACAGAUAUUUGUGACACAGCAUCGUGGCAUUCAUCCAUUAAAAAAAACUAGAGGCAGUAUUUGCUUUAUGGUUCGUAAUGACACUCUGCCACUACGCCUAUAAAAAAAAAAAAAAAAAACAAUGUUUGCUCAAAUUUGCAGUUUUAUUUGUAUAAAAUCAACAUGAACUUAAUGAAUAAUACAUAUAAUACAUUCUAUAAUUUUAAAUUAUAAAUUUAAAUACACAAAUAAAAACAUUUAAAAUAUUUCAUCUAAACGUUAGCGGUAAAAAGGUCUACUCAAACACGCGUAGUUAUAUUUUUUAAAUUGUUAUGGAGGUAAAGUUGAAAAAUAUUCAUUCUGUUUUAUUGGAUUUAUGGUGCGUUGUUGAUUUUUUGACUUUAAUAUGAGUUCCGACGAAAUAAUAAAAUUAAUAUUAAUUGUAAUCGUAGGUGUUGGAAUUGGCAGCGUAAGCAGAAUUGAUUUUAAUAACUUGCUGCCUCUGCCGCCAAGACAAAGACGAAGUAUGUAUAUGGUUGCUUAUGGCAAUUUUAUUAUUUGAGAAACUAAGAAAAAUGGCUUACAGUUUAUUAGAAACGGUUUUGUGGCAUAUUUUAAAUGAAUGUAACUUCAAAUUCGUCAACACUGUGGAAAUUAUACUUAUUUACUCCAUGCAUAAAGCAACGAUGUAUGUGAAACAUGAUAUCAACAUGAAAGACUAUGUAAAUUUAUGUGACGAAAACGACAGUCAGACGGAUACAAGGCGAAAAAAUCAAAAUACAUGAAAAUAUACGGGUAGUAAAAAUACACGACUCGUGUAAAACAUACGCGUGAUAAUGAUAUAGGUACGUGUUGGUUAUAUUUUGGGUGUAGUUUACUUUUAGUUUUUUCUAUAAAUAAAACUUGGGUUCCGUGGAUUUUUUAUUUUAUUUAUUUCAUUGCAUGUUUGAGAAAAGCACUAUACAUACCUCGGCGGGAAAUGGGGUUGCCCGCGCUCAGACCUAUUCGGCCUCGCUUCGCUCGGCCGUCUAUAUGUCUUCGGCCGGCAACCCCUUUCGUCCCGGCCUCUGUAGUAAUGUACUAUUUUCAACAUGACUAAAAAAAUAACGUUAAUCUCACUAAUACUGAUACGAAACAGUUGCUUAUAAUUUACGACAUGCCCAGUGUUAGUCCUGCUCACGUCUCCUGAAUCAUCCUGUAUAUACCAACAUAUAAAUAUAUUUAUAGCAAGGUAACUUAAGAUAUAUUUUACGUUUACGAUAUACAGUGUGGAAAAAAAUUAUGGGUCUUGGAGGGAAAGUACCUUAAAACCUUAAGUUAGCUCAUUUUAUUUAAAGGAAACAUUCUUUUUUUUUUAAACUGCAUUCAAAGAUAUUUUAAAUUCGCUUGUCAUGCCUGGGAAUCGAACGGACUAAAAAUUCCAAAAAAUAUACACUGGCUAUUUUAUUCUACUAGUUGAUACCGUUAAUGUUAAUGAUAACAGUUCUCCAAGAAACAUUAGGUCUUACACUCGUCUGUCGUACAAAAUAUCUAUAAAAUUGAAUAUUUAGUACCUACUCAAGAAUAUUAUUAGACAAGCAAAAAAAAACUUUGAAUGCAGUUUUGUUUCUUUUUAGAAAUAAAAUAAUGUUUAUUUUAAGUAAAAUGAGCUAACUUUAGGUAUUAAGGCACUUUCCCUCCAGGGCCCAUAAUUUUUUUCCACCCUGUAUAUUAUGUAUUGCUAUAAAUAAUAUACAUUUUGAUAUUUUAACAUGUAAUAUUUGUGAGACCGAGCUAGCUUUGUUCGGAAAACAUAAAAACUCAAAAAUGCGCGUUUUCCCAGAGCCUAGCUAGAUCGAUUUUUCGCCCCCGAAAACCCCCAUAUAGCAAAUUAGAUCGAAAUCGUUAGAGCCGUUUCUGAGAUCCCCGAAAUACAUAAGAAUUGCUCGUUUUACGAGUUCAUGUGUUACCUACUUAUCCGUCAUAAUUUCAUAGAAGUUUGACUUUUACUUAAUCGUUACAGACUUAUCUUGGCCUAAGGGUCUAACUCUAUAAGAUUAUAGCUACGUCUGUGACGGGCUUUAUAGCCAAGGAUACGGCGCGGGGAGCUCCGGGCCAAGUUGUACCUAACUCUGAGUUGACAAUAGAACAGCUGAAGACCAAUACACAAUAUACACACAUCAUUAAUUACUAAUGUUAAUUGUAUAAAAUUUAAUAACUAACCUAACCCUUAAUUAUUAUGAAUGGUACCUAAAUAGCUGUUAAAUAAAGGAGACAGUGUUUUCGGUGACCGAAUAUUGAUGUAAAAUAAACACACAUGUUAAGCAAAUAUAUAAAAUAGAAUUCGGAAAUCUGAUGGGAAUAAAGAUAAAGAAUAAUAAUUAGUAGUGAUUUUAUAUUUUUUGGGAGAUUUGGUUUAAAUUCCGUUAUAUUCUGAACACGUAAUGCAUUGCUGCAUUUCUGCUUAUGGAAGCACCCUUGCCUUGCCCAGGCAUCCGCAGCGAAUCUAUUUAAAACGUACCUAGUCGUCGUCGUCUAAUUAUUGUAAGAGCGAUCCAUUUUCAUUGCUCUUGACUUAAAACAACUUAAGACUAGAGAAGAAUCAUUAUCAAUAUUUAAUAAGUAUUUCUUUUGUGUAUCAAGCGUAUUGUUAAUCACGUAUGUGAUAUACGGAUUUAACUAUUCGUUAAAUCCGUAUAUCACAUGAUCGAUCAGUUUGGAUAUUUCCGCCGUGAGGUUGAUAAUAUUCCUGAAUGAUUAGGUUCUUGUCGGAUUCAUAUUUUAUUUGCACGAUUCAUUUUCAUAUUUCCUAUACAUUUGUGGAUGCUGUUAUCACUAUCGUAAUCCAAACAUUAUAACGAUUAAGAUUUAGAUUGAUUCAUAAUUCAUGAAACACAUUCAUUAAAACUUCUUAGUUGGCCUAUUUUCCAUAUAUAAAACGUUUGUCUCCUUUUUAUCAGUUUUCUUAUCUCAUGUGAUAUGAAAUACUUUUCUUUAAUGUAAUAUUUUUGUUUAGUCAGUGAUGUCCUUUAUUUUAAUGAGUCCCUUCCAUAUUUAAUAUUACGUUUGGGCUUGGGAUGAUAAGCUUAAAUUCUUUUAGGGUAUAACCAAAGAAAUAAAGUGGUUUGACACGA